AUGGGUAAUGCAACAUUAGCUUUAAAGAGGCCUUCACCAAAUGGAGCUACAUAUGGUCGUCCCCUGUUGGGAUGUACUAUUAAACCUAAAUUGGGGUUAUCCGCUAAAAACUACGGUAAAGCUGUCUAUGAAUGUCUUCGCGGUGGACUUGAUUUUACCAAAGAUGAUGAGAACGUGAACUCACAACCAUUUAUGCGUUGGAGAGAUCGUUUCUUAUUUUGUGCCGAAGCACUUUAUAAAGCACAGGCUGAAACAGGUGAAAUCAAAGGGCAUUACUUGAAUGCUACUGCAGGUACAUGCGAAGAAAUGAUGAAAAGAGCUGUAUUUGCUAGAGAAUUGGGUGUUCCGAUCGUAAUGCAUGACUACUUAACGGGGGGAUUCACCGCAAAUACUAGCUUGGCUCAUUAUUGCCGAGAUAAUGGUCUACUUCUUCACAUCCACCGUGCAAUGCAUGCGGUUAUUGAUAGACAGAAGAAUCAUGAGAGAAAUUUAAAUUGA